AUGGGCUUUUCGUUCUCCCUUCUUCGCCUCGCCCUUAGAAACCCUACUUCCCGCUCUCUCCCACCGAAGCCCCCACCUCGGAUCAAAUCCUCCUUUUUUUCCUCAUUGCUCUCUGAAUGGGUCGUCGUCGGCGUUCUCGAGCUCCGCUCGGCUUCUCAACCUUGGGCUCCUCAGCAGCCCAGCGAGCGGGUCUCGGCCAUCGUGGACGAUAUCUCCGGCCUCACACUCCUGGAGCUGGCGGAUCUCACGGAGGCCCUGAGAAGCCGGUUGGGUGUGGAGCAGAUGCCGGUCAUGGCCGUGAUGAUGCCGGGGAUGGCGUCGGCGGCCUCCCGGGGGUUGGCGGCCUGGGCGGGAGCCGCGAAGGAGGCGGAGGAGAAGAAGGAGGAGAAGACGGCGUUCGAUUUGAAGCUGGAGAGCUUCGAUGCGGCCUCCAAGAUCAAGAUCAUUAAGGAAGUCAGGACCUUUACGGACUUGGGGCUCAAGGAGGCCAAGGAGCUGGUGGAGAAGGCGCCCACUGUGUUGAAGACCGGGGUGUUGAAGGAGGAGGCGGAGAAAAUUGUAGAGAAGAUGAAGGAGAUCGGCGCCAAAGUGUUCAUGGAAUGAGGAGGUAGAUUCUCCUCCUCUGCUGUAAUCUUCCCCAUUUUCUUUUGAAAUUUUUGUGGCAGCUGGAUGGAUAGAUUAAAAUUGAGAAGAGAACCGGAUGAAUUCUUGCUUGAAUAAUGCUCAUUUUAUUCAAAAAAAUAUUUAUUAACAUGUACCACUUCUGGUUUCA